AAGCGCGGAUUGGAAAGAACAAAAAGACCGCGUGCCGGCGCCCUUACCUACACAACGCACUGCCCCGCCUCCCAAGGAUGCCAAGACUUGGUGUCUGCAUAUUCUUUUCCUAUUUGCAGCUUUUGCAUCUCUCAAAUAUCCUAAGCACACUCCUUUCUCUGCUUUUCUGAUUUAUGCUCUUGAGCAAUAGUGGAAACAUAACUGUGUAAUGGCUCUUCGUUUUGAGGUUCUGGGAAGGUUUAAUCGUGCCCGCGCGGCUCAAUUGACUCUCCCUCACUAUGCUUGUCAAACACCUCUGUUUAUGCCUGUGGGGACACAAGGGACAAUAAAAGGUUUGACAUCUAAUCAGCUUGAGGAUAUUGGCUGUCAAAUAAUUCUUGGGAAUACAUAUCAUUUGGCACUUCGACCUACCUCUGAGCUUAUUGAUGAAUUGGGUGGUCUUCACAAGUUCAUGAACUGGCCCAGAGCGUUGCUUACUGACUCUGGUGGCUUUCAGAUGGUUUCUCUUCUGCAUUUAGCUGACAUCACUGAAGAGGGUGUAACAUUUCAGUCGCCGAUUGAUGGAAAGCCAAUGCUCUUAACACCUGAGGAAUCAAUUCAAAUUCAAAACAAAAUUGGAGCAGAUAUAAUUAUGGCUCUUGAUGAUGUAGUAAAAACAACCAUUACUGGUCCACGAAUUGAGGAAGCCAUGUAUCGCACCAUUCGCUGGAUUGACAGAUGUAUUGCUGCUCACAAGAGACCACAUGAACAGAACUUAUUUGGUAUUGUACAAGGUGGUUUAGAUCCUGUGCUAAGGGAUAUAUGUGUUAAAGGCUUGGUGGAUCGGAAUUUACCAGGCUAUGCUAUUGGUGGUCUUGCAGGCGGUGAAGAAAAGGAUUCCUUUUGGCGUGUGGUUGCCCAAUGUACUGCUGCAUUGCCUGAGAAUAAACCACGAUAUGUAAUGGGAGUUGGUUAUCCACUGGAUAUUGUAGUUUGCAGUGCUUUGGGUGCUGACAUGUACGACUGUGUCUAUCCUACUCGCACUGCUCGUUUUGGCACUGCCCUCGUACCUGAGGGAGUUCUAAAACUCAAACACCAAGCAAUGGCUGAUGACACUAGGCCCAUUGAUCCUACAUGUGCUUGUAUGGUAUGCAAAAACUAUACAAGGGCUUACAUUCAUUGUCUUGUUACAAAAGACGCUAUGGGGUCUCAGCUUUUGUCAUAUCACAAUUUGUAUUACAUGAUGCAGCUUAGCAGAAAUCUACACUCAUCAAUUAUUGAGGGAAAGUUUCCAGAGUUUGUGUGCAAUUUUCUGCUGAAAUUGUUUCCUAAAGGAGACGUCCCUAAGUGGGUCUGCAACGCCAUGGAGGUUGCUGGAAUCGAUAUCUCUUCCUGCUGUGCUCCAUUUCCUUCAUCCCAGGAUUAGAUUACAAAUAUUUACACAAGCUCAUACGCCCGGAUUCAAAGAAUAUAGCAUUACAGGAAAUCUCAUUUACAGGUAACAUCACUGUAGCUUAAGUUUUGUAGUCAAUAUGCUAACUUAAUUGGGAAUUAAAUCCCAUUUCAAAAUCUCAUGUUUGAAUUUCUUUACUCAUUGUUUCCCACGUUUCCUUCAUUGAUUGGUUACAAUUCUAAGAAAAUCUUGCUUUCAGAUA